CACUGCACACGUGUUUCAGCGUCCACACCCGAAGUGCGUGCUGAAGCUCACGAACUUAAGCCGAACUUUGACGACUGCUAACAGACUAAACACUUCAACUGUCAGAAUAGUUCACGGCUGUCCUCUUGUGUGCCUUAGAAUAACUCGUUAUCUUACCGUAAUAUCAUUGAUGAAGAUUCGGAGUCUCCGUGACGUUCGUGUUUGCGCAAGCUUAAGCACUAGUUUGCUAUUUCCUCGUGAGCUACAAACAACGUGGAACAAUGAUUUUAGAGAAAAUACCUCCAAGAAUAUGCUCUUUAUUCAUGCAAAGGGCCGUGCUGAGACAGGCCCACUCCUCGGUCCCGCCGCAGCCGGUGCCUCCGCUCGGCCAGACGCUGCAGCGCUACCUGACGGCUCUGGAGCCGCUCCUGCCCGCAGAUGAGCUCGAGCACACCCGCAAGAUCGUGCAGAAGUUUGGCAGCCCUGGAGGUCUAGGCGAAAAACUGCAAAGAGAGCUGAUUAAAAGAGCAAAGCACUCACACAACUGGGUGAGAACAGCGCAUAUAAAUAUUUCAGAUUGGUGGGUGCAGUGGGCAUACCUGGAGUGCAGGCAGCCCUUGGCAGUGCAUUCGAACCCUGCCAUUUCGUUGCCCAAACGUGACUUCACCGACUGGAGAGGUCAACUAGUGUUUGCAUCAAAGCUGAUUGCAGGAGUGUUGGACUUCAAAGCUCAGGUGGACAGUGGGAAGCUGGCGGUAGAGUAUAUGCGCGGACAGCCAUUAUGUAUGGAAUUGUUUCCUCAGUUGUUCUCCUCCUGUCGAAUCCCAGGACCCAAACAUGACCAUGUGGUUCACUAUGGACGUCCACGCCGUGGCCCGGUUCACAUUACAGUGGUCAGGAACUACCAGUUUUUCCAGCUGGAUGUUUACAACAGUGAUGGAACACCACUGACAGAAAGUCAGAUCCAUGCUCAGCUGUUGCGGAUCCGCUCUCAAUCGUGGAAAACCGAUAAGGAACCGAUGGGAAUUUUGACCAGCGAGCAUCGUCACACCUGGGGUCAGGCUUACACGCGCUUGCUCAGAGAUAAAAUCAAUAAAGAAUCUGUGAGGCUAAUCGAGAAAUCGAUCUUUACGUUGUGUUUGGAUUCUCCAGUUAUGAGGGUUUCUGAUGAGAAGUAUUCUAGUCGAAUGGCAGCACAGAUUUUGCAUGGAGGUGGGACUUAUUCAAACAGCGGCAAUCGCUGGUUUGACAAGACACUACAGUUUGUUGUUGGUGAGGAUGGGUCUUGGGGUCUCUUGUAUGAACAUGCGACAGCCGAGGGUCCGCCUAUAUCCACGCUGCUGGAUCAUGUGCUAGAAUACUGUAAGAAACCGGACAGAGUGCGAGCUCCGUUAAUUCCUCUGCCCAUGCCCAAGAAACUCUACUUCUACAUCAAUUCUGAGAUCAAAUGGGAUCUAGAGAUGGCCAAGCAGAAUCUGGAUAUUCUCAUCAAUGAUUUGGACAUCAAAUGUUUCAACUUCCAGCGCUUUGGAAAAGAGUUUGUCAAACAACUCAAGCUGAGUCCAAACUCCUUCAUCCAGCUGGCGAUUCAGCUGGCCUACUACCGAGUUCACAGCGAAGUGUGCGCAGCCUGCGACAUCGCCUCUCUGAGGAUGUUCCGGGGAGGACGAACGGACUACAUCCGCUCUCCCACCAACCAGAUGCUGAGCUUCAUACAGGCCUUUGACGAUAAUGCCGUUUCUAGAGAAGCCAAGGUGCAGCUGCUGAGAGAGGCUGUUGAUGCAUACAGCAUCCUCACAGAGCAGUCGCUGAUGGGGCAGGGUAUAGACCGCCACCUGCUGGGUCUUAAACUUCAAGCCAUUGAGGAGGGACUGAGCGUGCCCAGAAUUUUCAUGGACACGGCCUAUGGCCUUGCCACUCACUGGAAACUCCGAACGGGACAGGUGCCCACCAACACAGACAGCGUGAUGUGUUUUGGACCGCUGGUUCCCGACGGCUACGCGGUCUGUUACAAUCCACAGCACGAUCACGUCCACUUCUCCGUAACUGCCUUCAACUGCUGUGAGGAAACCAACGCAGAGAAACUGGCUCUCACGCUGGAGCGAUCGCUUUGUGAUCUCCAGGAGUUGUUUCAGCCCACCGUUUAGCACCGUCGAGACAUUCAGAGAUGGUUUUAAAACUCUAAUCCAGCCUCGCGGCAGCUUCAGGACCACGGCCUUUAAUAUGUGGUGAACAGAAUGUACUCCUGAAAGUGCCGGGCUUUGUUAAACGAGUGCUCUUCAUGGAAGUUUGCGUGAAGUGCAGCGCAUUUGAGCACCUGAGAUGGACCAUUCGCUAAUAAGAAAAACAUGGCUAUUUUUGGUGUUUUAAGAACAGCCAUGAAAGCUUAAACCGGUAAUCUAAUGUAAUACCAAACUUAAAGGUGUUUGAAAUAUGAAAUUGUCUCAUGCUGUGCAUUUGGGUCCCUCUUCAGCUUUUUUAAAAGAGCGCAGAGUUUCAAAUAUGUCUGAUUUUGUGUGACAUACCAGCAGUUCAAUUUGAUAUACACUUCUUCCUCAUAAAAUGUGUGCCUAGUCAGGAAAUGACCAAAUGUUUAAGUAACACGUAUAUAUUUGUGUGAAAUCACUGAUUGUGUUACAAAACCGGUUGUUGUUACUAUUUAAACCUACAGGAGAUGUCUGUUACUCAUGUCCUAAAAAAAAAAAAAAAAACUUUUUUUUUUUUUGGUCAGGUAAUAAAUUGUACACUGGUAACACGUGACUUUUCUUUUACAUUUUUUUUUGCCAGAGUUCUCCAGAUGUUCCCUCAUUCAAAUGAUCUCUGUGUUUGGCUACAUGAAGUAGUUGGGUUGUUUUGUUCUCAAGAAAGUUGCAAAACAGUUUUAUAUGGAAGCGAUUACUGUUUUCAUAUGAGCUACGUCUUUCUAUCCAUAAACAUAGCUCAAACCCUAUCCUAAUACAAUUAUUAAACAUCUUUGAU